UGAAGGCUCUCCACUCGUGCCAUUGUUUUUGCUCCGCUGCCCUUUGACACCAGUUUCCACCAUGACCCAGCGAUCCUCGGUGACCAUCAAGUCUGGGGGCACACGGAACUUCAGCGCCUCCUCAGCUAGCCUCCUUCCUGGCUGUCGGCCCGGAUUCAGCUCUGUCUCCGUGUCCCAGAGCGGGAAGAGUUUCGGAGGCGGCAUAGGGGGUGGUUUUGGGACAAGAAGCCUACACAGUUUUGGGGGUAACAAGAGAAUCUCCAUUGGCGGGGGCUACCGCUCCAGCCGAGCCAGCUUUGGAGGUGCUGCCUGUGGUCUGGGUGUCAGUGGCAUAGGAUACAGAGUUGGGGGAUCUUAUGGCGGGUAUGGAUUCGGAGGUGGGAUGGCCCCUGGAGCUGGAGGCAUCCAUGAAGUCACUGUCAACCAGAGUCUCCUUACGCCCCUGCACCUGGAGAUCGAUCCAUCUCUCCAGCGUGUUCGAAAGGAAGAGAGGGAGCAGAUCAAGACCCUCAACAACAAGUUCGCCUCCUUCAUAGACAAGGUGCGGUUCCUGGAGCAGCAGAACAAAGUCUUAGAGACCAAAUGGAGCCUCCUCCAGGAGCACAAAACAACCAGGACCAACCUAGAGCCCAUGUUCGAAGCCUACAUCACCAACCUGAAACGCCAGCUGGAGUGUCUGGGAGGGGAGCGGGGCAGGCUGGAGAUGGAGCUGAAGAACAUGCAGGACGUGGUGGAGGACUUCAAGAACAAAUACGAAGAGGAAAUCCACAGACGCACAGCGGCAGAGAAUGAGUUUGUGGUGCUCAAAAAAGAUGUGGACGCCGCCUACAUGAACAAGGUGGAGCUAGAGGCCAAGGUGGAUGCUCUGAUGGACGAGAUCAACUUCCUGAGAGCUUUCUAUGAGGCGGAGCUGGCUCAGCUUCAGGCUCAAAUCUCUGAGACCUCUGUGGUGCUGUCAAUGGACAACAACCGCAGCCUGGAUCUGGACAGCAUCAUCGCUGAGGUCAAGGCCCAGUACGAGGACAUUGCCAACCGCAGCCGGGCAGAGGCUGAGUCCUGGUACCAGACCAAGUAUGAGGAGCUGCAGCGGUCUGCUGGCCAACGUGGGGAUGACCUCCGUACUACCAAGAUGGAGAUCUCUGAGCUGAACCGGGCCAUGCAGAGGCUGCGUUCUGAGAUCGAUAACCUGAAGAAGCAGUGUGCCGCACUCCAGGCUUCCAUUGCUGAUGCAGAGCAGCGUGGGGAGCUGGCUCUCAAAGACGCCAAGAACAAGCUGGCCGAGCUGGAGGACGCCCUGCAGAAGGCCAAGCAGGACAUGGCCCGUCAGCUUCGCGAGUACCAGGAGCUCAUGAACGUCAAGCUGGCGCUGGACAUAGAGAUCGCCACCUACCGCAAGCUGUUGGAGGGCGAGGAGUGCAGGCUCACUGGAGAAGGCGUUGGUGCCGUGAACAUCUCUGUAGUCUCUUCCUCCGGGGGCACAGGCUACAGCGGAGGUGGCGGCCUGUGCGUGAGCGGCGGUGGCUACGGCGGAGCCGGCUACAGUGGGAGUGGCCUCUGCUACGGUGGAGGCAGCAGCGGAGGCUUUAGCUCCACUAGCGGCCGCAGUGUGAGCGGCAGCAGCUCAAGCAUGCGCAUUGUCUCCAAGACAUCGUCCACCAAGAGCUACAGGAGCUAAAGUACCACCUGCCUCCGCACUGUCCCCAGGCCCCCAGCUCCCCAGCACUAAGGCCUGAUGCUUACCCCAUGCCCGCAGUCCCCAGCAAGAGGCACGGAUAGCAAGUGGCCUGUACUUGAUCUCAAAGUCCAACCUUAUCCACACAGACCCUACUGCUCUAGGCUAUACCUUUCCUCUUAAGCAGUGGGAGAGCGGGUACGCAAAAAGUUCUUCUCAACCUGCUUAGACUCUGCAACCGGAAGAGGCUCUUAGUCCUUCAUGGGAACUUUAAACUUGACCUUGGUGACCAAAGUCACCUUUCUUUGAUUCCCAGCCCCUGAGUGACUCUGAGAUGUGAGGACCGUGCAUCCCUUGUCUUGGCUACAAGAAGACUCUAAUCCCCUCAGGGCAGAGGCAGUCAGGAAGCUGGAAGAGAAAGGCAGAUCUUUGCUGCCUGCUCUUGCUCUAGGGACACAGGGGCACUCCUGGUUGCACAGAGGGAGGGUGAGGUUAUAGGAGGGGAUUGCACAGAGGGUUUUUAGAACCUGGUCUUCACAGUGGUUUAGUCUGAAGGGUUGUGAGUCCUCAAAUAUCUGCUACGAGUUCAAGACCAAAAUACUUCCCAAAGGCAAUUGGUCUGUCUGCCUCUGUGCUGUGUGAAAAGAAAGUUAACUGCUUCAGAGUAGCAGCCAAACCUCCCGAGAUGUCCGCUCUUCUUACGCAUGUCUAUGUCCCAGAACUGCUGUAAUAAAAUGUCACUGAGCACCC